AAAAAUUCCUCAACAAUGAAAUAAUACUGCAUAGAUCUUCUCCCCACCAAACCCUAUAUCGUUGCAAAUGGUUUUUGCUUUCAAAACCUCUGUUUUGUCCUUUCUCUUUGAAUUCCUUUCCUUUAUUUUUUGAAUCCCAGAUUUUAGUUUUUUUUUAUAUAUAUAAAACCGUUAAAUAGACGAUUCGGUUAAAUUAUUCGAGUUUUCGUGUUUGGGUUUUCUCUAUUGAGUUGUGAUUCUAAAUUGUUUAUAUAAUGGAUGCUUCUGAGAAUCCUGAGCGAUUUGGCGAUACUUCUACAGGAGAUGCAGUAUUUGACGCAUCGCAAUAUGCAUUUUUCAGAAAAGAUGUUCUUGAGGAGGUUGAAUUGGGGGGAUUAGAUGAUGACGAGCAGGAUUUACCUGCAGUUGGACUUAAUGAUGAGGAGUUUUUGUUUGAGCGAGAGGAGGGUGAAGUUUCGAGAUCCUUACUGGACAUUGAUGAUCUUGCUAAUACAUUUUCAAAGUUGGACACAGCUGUUAGUGGACCAAGAGGCUCUGGGAUAAUUUGUGAUGGGGGAUCCAGACAAAGUUCAUCUGCUGCCGAAUCGACACAUGGGGAGGAAUUUCCUUACUGGCUUGGUCAGCAGCCACUUGGAACUGAAAGUAUUCCUGAAGGUAAGCGCUGGUCAUCACAACCAUUGGCCAAUUUGGACUCAAAGCAUCUCUACAGGACAUCCUCAUACCCUGAGCAGCAGCAGCAGCAACAACAAUACCAUCAACAUUUCCUUAGUGAACCGAUUUUAGUUCAAAAAUCUUCUUAUACUUCAUACCCUCCCCCUGAGGGCAGAUCUCCUCAGGCUUCACCGAACCAACAUGCUGGACACCUGAAUAUUCCUUAUAAGGUUGGUGGGCCGCAGAUGGCAUCUUCGCCAAACCUCUCUGCCUUCUCAAAAUCUCAGCUUCAACAGCCUGGCUUACACCAUGGGCCACCUUAUCGUGGGAAUGUUCCUCAAUUUGCUUCUGGUCUGUCUGUCGGUAGUCAGCCUCCAAAUCAAUGGGGGAGCCAGCCAAAAUUAUAUGGAGAUAAUUCCAUUGUUUUGAACAAUAGGCUGCAACAACAAUUAUCUCAUCAAAAUGGUUUCAUUCCACCACAAUUAAUGCCACAACUGCAGUCACACCAGCAGAGACUGCAGCAUCCUGCUCAGCCUUCUGUUGGCCAUUUUUCAGGGAUUCAGUCACAAAUAUUUAAUACUCAACUUUCUCCUUCCCCACCUUUAAUGAACAAGGUUGAGGCUAUACUUGGUAUUGGUGAUCUGAGAGAUCAAAGAGUCAAAACAGCUCAGAAAGGCAGGCAAAAUCUACGGUUUUCACAGCAAGGCUUUGAUAGUGAUAGACUGAAGCGCGAUCUUGGAUGGCCUCAGUUUAUAUCCAAAUACAUGUCAACUGAUGAGAUUGAGGGCAUUGUUAGAAUGCAGCUUGUUGCAACCCACAGUAAUGACCCCUACGUGGAUGAUUAUUACCACCAGGCUUGUCUUGCAAGAAAAUCUGCUGGGGCAAAGUUGAGACAUCAUUUUUGCCCGACUCAGGUUAGGGACCUUCCACCCCGAGCACGUUCGAAUUCUGAGCCUCAUGCUUUUCUCCAGGUUGAUGCUCUUGGGAGGGUUCCUUUCUCUUCAGUCCGCAGGCCUCGCCCUCUUCUAGAAGUUGACCCUCCAAAUUCAUCUGCUGGCACCGACAAUGAUAAAAAAACUUCUGAUAUGCCUCUGGAACAGGAACCUAUGCUUGCUGCUAGAGUUACAAUAGAGGAUGGUCUAUGCCUUCUUCUUGAUGUAGAUGAUAUUGAGCGGUUUUUACAGUUUAAUCAGUUGCAGGAUGGUGGAGUCCAACUAAGACAAAAACGGCAGACUUUGUUGGAGGGGCUGGCUACAUCAAUUCAGUUGGGUGACCCACUUGGCAAGAAUGGUCAUACGGAUGAGCUUGCUCAGAAGGAUGAUCUUGUGCUUUUACGGAUAGUUUCCCUCCCCAAAGGUCGGAAGCUACUUGCAAGGUUCCUUCAGCUUCUUCCUCCAGGUGGUGAGCUCAUGCGAGUUGUCUGCAUGUCAAUUUUCCGUCAUUUAAGGUUCUUGUUCGGAGGCCUUCCCUCUGAUCCAGGAGCUGCUGAAACUACUAUUAACCUUGCAAGGGUUGUUUCCUCUUGUGUUCAUGGGAUGGAUAUCCGUGCACUUAGCUUCUGUCUUGCAUCUGUUGUUUGUUCCUCAGAGCAGCCCCCUCUUCGUCCCCUCGGAAGUCCUGCUGGCGAUGGGGCGUCAUUUAUUCUGAAGUCUGUUCUUGAUAGGGCAACAAAACUCAUCACAGAUUCUAGAGCUGCUGGCAAUUAUAAUAUGACAAAUCUGUCCCUUUGGAAGGCCUCAUUUGAUGAAUUCUUUAACCUUCUUACCAAGUAUUGCAUAAACAAAUAUGACACAGUGAUGCAGUCCUUGUGUAUGCAGGCCAAACCAAAUAUGGCAGUCGAUGAAUCAGAUGCCGCCAAAGCUAUUAAAAGAGAAAUGCCAGUUGAUCUCUUACAGGCAUGUUUACCCCAACUUAACGACCAGCAGAAAAAGCAGCUUUGGGAUCUCUCUCAACGAUCUAUGCUUGUAGAGAGAUUGUGAUAUAUAAGCAGUACCUAGGAGAAGAUUAAAUUCUGACAUGUUCGAGACAGCAGAAAUUGAUGUUCAGAAUAUUAAGCAAGCCUGUUGAGUGCUGAAAGGAAUUCAAAGAACUAUACCGUUUCACACAAACGUGAUUAUGAUGGAGCACCAACAAUGGUUCAGGUGAAACUCCAAAGAUACAUUUUAAGUAAAAGCCAAUUUCCUUCUGAGAUUUUAGUUUUGGUACUUGUUUUUUUAAUCCCCUCUUUUAGCAAAACAUCGAAGUGGGAGUAUGUGUAUUAUUAUAGAAAUUCUGCAGGAUAUUUUCCCUU